AUGGCGAACGAAGAGGCUUGUGAAAACCCUGACAAAGUAACUUUUAAAUGCUCUUCUUGUGGUUUUGAAUGCUAUUAUGAAUAUUUUGGAAAGAGGCCUCCUUUUUCUAAGUCUGUGAUGUAUGAUCUUUUGUUAUGUGUCGAUAUGUAAUUUUUAGGGACCGAUAUUAGACAAGAAAGACCAUGAACUCAUAGCAAUGAAUUUUUCUCAUAGACUUUUGGAAGAUGCGUAUGUUAUCCGUGACCCCUUCUCAGCAACCACAGGGCACUUGACUCUUGGUGGACAGUGUUGUUUGUGCUCAAAAGAUAUUUGCGUGGCCCCGGUAAGGCUUUAACUACAGCCGGGACUGCAAGAGAUAGAUUCUUCAGAUUUUAGAUCUCUAGAGGUUGGCAUCUCUGUAACUGACCCUGAUAGGCAAAGGGCGCAACUAUUAGGCCUGGGUUCAAAAUGGUCUCCUACCAACAUGCUGUACAUGCUCCACAAAGAUCUUAUGCGAUUCCUGUAGAGUCUUUCUCAAGUAUGCCAAAAUCAAGCAAGUGAAAGAAAGGCUCUUCUGGCUAAGUGGGAUUUGGUUUAGACCCAGUGGGGGUACUCCUGGGAAUUCUUGAUGGGGGUGUGCUUCCCCGUUCUUCAAAUCCUGACCCGAUAUCAGACCAAAAAAUGUAAUUUUCCACACCCAUUUUCAGACUAGCUCUCUAAAAUCCUGUACCUGUUUUCAGACCUGGCCUUUAGGCAGAAAUUAUGUUAUCAUUACUUAGAAAAGUAAGAGUGCAAACAAACAAAUUAAUCCAAUCCAUUUGGAAUUUGCAUAUUUCACUUUCUUUCUUACUCAUUUGGAACUGAAACGAUAAAUGCGUUCAUACACUCCAUAGGUCUCUCAAAAACCAUACCCAAUUCCAGACCAAAAUGCGCCAAGUGUAUACCCGUUUUUAGACCAUAUUAUUGGUGCAAAACCCCUACCCGAUGGGGUGACAUUUACCUAUUUGGCUUAUGGCUUAUAUAAGGUAUACCCACCCCCACCCCCACCAUCCCCUCCCCCCCCCCCACAGGGGGUUUAUAGUACUGUUCAUUUCCGCACUGAAAAUUACCCCUGUACUGGUGAUUUAUGUUGCAGUGAUAUUGAUAAUUUAGGAUUAGUCUGAACCUAAAAUCAAGUACAUUAUUUUGUAUAAUCAAAAAUACUGGCUGUACAGGGCCUCCUGUCUUCUCACUGGUAUUUACUUCAGAGAGAGACUAACCAUUUUACUAAUAAGCUUGGUUGGAAAUUUUUAAUUAGUUUUUCUUCUCUACUUUUAGACAUGCAGUAUUUUCUACACGAAGAGAUUUUGUGUUUCAUGUGUUGAAGAUAACCUGAUGGAAUUCCCUGAAGAAAUCCAGAAGGUACUUUGA